CGGUGCAAGUGACUGAAGAACCCUCGCCUGAGACGACUCCGUCAAUCGGCGCUCACUGCUGAUCAUGACUCAAGGCGAUCCCCGCGAGCAGCAGGACUCGGCGAGUGAGGGCUUCCACUCGGCCGGGUCUGCUGACGGCGACCAAGCGGCGACGAACCCCACUCCGACGGGGGCUGUGCCAGGAGGCCAGCCGAGCGUGCCCGUGCCCGCCACGAUGGCGGCGCCCGCUGCGAUGACCGUGCCUACCGGGACGGUGGAACAAGCUGCGACUACCGCGACGACCGCGACGACCGCGGCGUCCGCUUCGACGGUGCCAAGUGCGGCGACGACCAACCCCGCGCGUCCGACACUGCCGGACGUCACGACUCCUGAGGGUCUGGCCGCCGCCCGAGACCUGCUUCAACGUGCGCUGGACAUCACCAGCCGGCACGCUGGCCAAACCUCUGGUCAGUCGUGGGCGACGACGAGACCGAACCCCGUGGCCCAAGCGACCGCGACCCGCGUGCCCACGAGUACGGCGCCCUCUGCUGCGCCGACUGCGACGCCUCAAGUCGCUGGAGGAGGAUUCAUCCCCGCUGUGCCUGCCCCGACUACGUCGACCGGAUCUGGUGCCCCUUCAGUGGGGAAGCUCACUCGUCGGCCCCUGCGUGGACUGCAGCGCCGUCGACGGCCAGCGUCGUGCCUCAGGCGCAACCUUCCGUCCCUGCGUGGAACGCUGCGCUGCCCGCGUCAGGAGUGGUGCCUCCGACUCAGUCGAGCGCCGCUGGGUUGGCGUACACGCCAUCUACGGCGAACGUUGUUCAUACCCCGACUCCGAGUACGACUUCGGUGCCCACUUCGGCCUCGGUCCCGACUCCGCGCCUCCGGUCCGCCAUUGCGGCCUAUGACGGCGUCUCUCUCGAGGGAAUCCCUGCCGCCGCUGGAUACGGCUUCGGCGUGUCGCCGGUGGGGGUACGGUUCGUAAGUGCCCACCUUCUCGGUCUACGUGGACUGCUGCAUCGACGGGCAGCGUGCCCGCCUCGAACCCGUCCGUGCCUCCGCCUGUGUACGGCGCUCAGACUCCAAUGAGUCAAGGAGCUACGGGUCCGAUCGCUUCGACGUACUACGGAGGAAUGCCAUCGCACAUCAAUAACGCGGUGAGGAUGAUCCAGCCGUUCCACUCGGACCACGCCACGGCCGACAAGGCCAAGUUGUUUUGGGACCCGUUCGCCCGAGCCACGACCGGACUCGAGGAACAGUUACGCAUCAGUGUGUUCCGCGAGUGCCUGAAGGGCAAACCUGCUGAAGAGUGGUGGAUGUACUCCAAGAUCGACAGCUUCGAGACGCUGCGCAUCCCGUUUCACAACCAGUUCAUUUGCCUUAGCCCCCUACAACUGAUCGAACGCCUCAAGACUACGAAGCGUCCCGCGGCAUGUCCGCCGAGGUGUGGGUGCUUCGAUCCGACCAUGAGGUACCAGUACUUCCUGUCGGGACUGAGGAACCGUGAGUGGAAGGCGGCCCUGUCGUCUGCCAUGGCGAGCACCAUCCAGCAAGCCGUGCUCAUCCUCCUGCAGAGAGGCAUGCACAUUCCCGUCGAGGACGACGCGGACUUCGCGGACGAUAAGUCAUCCGAGAAGAAGUCGAAGGACUCGGCCGUGAAGGAGAUGAUGGAGAUGCUUCGGCAGAACCAGAGCUUGAUCAUGCAGCAGCAAGCCGAAUUGGCGCGUGCUCCGCGGGGAUCCGUCAGGGACCCGACAUGUACACGCAAGAUGGGCGUACCGUGUGUGGCCGCUGCCACAUGCUCGGAUGCAGCCGGAUCAACUGUCGCCGGCAACGAUUCACCUGCGGGAACUGCAAGUAGCAAGGACAUGCUACCUCGGAGUGCGAGGUCCCGGCUCGAAACCAAGGCAACAAUGGUGGUGGGCAAGGACAGCCCCGUCGUCAAGGUGGCGGUGAAGGCCUGCGUCCGUGCUUCGGGUGUGGUAAGACGGACCACUAUGCGUCUAACUGCCCGGCGAUCAAGUCGAUCCAGCAAAUGGCGGCGCAGACGCAAGCUGCCGCCCCCGCUCAGGGAACGCAGCCUACUCAGCAAUGAAGGGGGCACGAGGGAGGAGAGGGGAGUGUCGCUCCUUCCUCUCGCCCGUGGAACGACACCGGGUGGCGUACCCCGCGUACGGCUACCCUGCUGACCGGCGAAGCUCGCCGAGAGACUGAGACUGUGGGUACGGUAAGGACCAUGCCGAUCGAUGACUACAACGCGAACAAAACUACGAUUGGAACUGAUACCACAAUGGUGAAGAGGCCUAAGUGCCUGGAACGCCCCGCGCGUGAGGCGGUGGCGCCCGGAGCUCCGCUCCGAGAACGAACUGGAUUAAUUGGGACUACUGCGACGGCUGCGGGGCCCGUUCUGUGGGAACGCCCCGGGCCUAUUGAACGAUAUGCGGACGCUCCUCGACUGGAGGAGCCGAAGUACGAGAUUGCCCAAGGACGGAGCCGGGAACUACAAAGACUACAACGGGAGCCGCUCCGAGGGUGGAGCUGGAAACUACAGUUGCUGCUACUGAAGUUGCUCCAAGGACGGAGCCGGAAGACGAACCCACUAUUACUACGGAAGCUCCCCAGGGUGUGGAGCGUGCUUGUGAACCUACUGUGACUACCGCAGCUCCCCAGGGUGUGGAGCGUGCCUGCGAAUCAACUACUACUACAACAAUUGGAGCUUCCCAGGGUGUGGAGCAUGCUGAAACCGAAGAAUGCCAGCGUCGAUUGAACGCUGAGGAAAACGACUUUGUGAAGGACGCCAGUAGCCGCGUCCAGGAAACUACUACGAAUACUUUGUACGAGAGCGUCAUGCGAUUUGCGCUCGAGAAACCCUCGCUGGGACCCGAACUGAGCGUGGAGCAGGUGAACUUUA